AUGGCUCUUAUAAACGACGGAAGCACCUUUUCGUUGCGUACCGGUAAAUGGGUUUUCGAGGUCUUCCUUAAUUUCAGAGGCGAGGACACCCGCCACAGUUUUUUGCGUCUUCUAUAUGAGGCUUUGGUUGAGAAAAAAAUCUCCACGUUCAGAGAUGAUAAAGUACUUGAGAGAGGAAAACCCAUUCCAUCAGAACUCUUGAAAGCAAUUGAAGAGUCAAGGUUUUCAGUCGUCAUUUUUUCAAAAAACUAUGCAACCUCCAGUUGGUGCUUGGAUGAACUUGCAAAGAUUGUCGAAUGCCGCCAGAAAAUGAAGGGGCAUACAAUAUUUCCAGUUUUCUAUGAUGUUGAACCAACUGAGGUACGGAAGCAGAAAGGGAGUUUUGGUGAAGCAUUCGCAAAGCAUGAAGAAGUCCUUAAGGAGAAUUUGGAGAAGGUGAAAAGAUGGAGGGAUGCUUUAACAGAAGUCGCCAAUAUCAGUGGUUGGGUUAUACCCAAGGGGUAA